UCCGUCGCCUCGCUCGCUCGACGUUCCCUGCUCUCAGAACCAAGUCAUACUUGUAUUCCCGCCCCUUCGCCACCGUCGUCACCGUCGUCCGCCCAAGCUGGCGCCCACUCUUCUCUCCGUCUUUACCAACAGACUGGGCAAGUCCAGAUCACAUUCCCCUUCCCCACAACCAGGCGGUUCCCCUGCGUCUAUCUCUCAGGGCCUCCCCAUGGGCCAGCAGCAGUCAUCGUCGUCCAAAAAGUCCAAGAAGAGCGGGAAGGACAAGGACAGAGAAGGCUCGUCUUCCGACCCCACCGUGAACGAUGCCGCCACCAACGACGACACGUCCCAGGCAAGCCUCUCGCACGCUACCGGCGCAGGUACGGCCAAGGCUGCGAACGGAACGGACUCUGCUGCCCAGGGUAACCCCUCCAUCAACGUCUCCAACGCUGACGGCGACCACAUGUCGCGCGUAGCCAGUCGCUCUUCCACCACCAACAAUCACAACUCCUCGUCCGCCCCAACCGACGCGCCUUCCCCCGCUCCAUCCUCCGCACCAGCACCGAACAACAACUCGACAGGCCACUCCAACAAACCUCCCCCUCUCGAUAUCCCUGCCACCCAGACCAUCCUCACACAUUCUGGCUCUCUGACCUCGGGCUCGGCAGGAAGCUCCAUGCCCCUAGGCGAGUCACUCGGCUCUGCCGGCAUUAGUGCCGCCAAGGAGAAGCUCAAGUCGUUCGAUAUUGACGACAUGAUCCAGCGACUGCUCGACGUCGGCUACACUGGCAAAGUCAGCAAGUCGCUCUGUCUCAAGAACGUCGAGAUUGCCGCUAUCUGCCAGGCCGCCCGGGAGGUCUUCCUCAGUCAGCCGACCCUCAUCGAGCUCUCUCCGCCCGUGAAGAUCGUCGGUGACGUGCACGGGCAAUAUUCAGACCUUAUCCGACUGUUUGAAAUGUGCGGCUUCCCUCCAGCGGCGAAUUAUCUCUUCCUGGGAGACUACGUCGAUCGAGGAAAGCAGAGUCUGGAGACGAUAUUGCUCUUGCUCUGCUACAAGAUCAAGUACCCCGAGAACUUCUUCCUUCUUCGAGGCAACCACGAAUGCGCGAAUGUCACCCGAGUGUAUGGCUUCUACGACGAGUGCAAACGACGGUGUAACAUCAAGACUUGGAAGACUUUCAUAGACGUGUUCAACUGCCUCCCUAUCGCUGCAAUUGUCGCCUCCAAGAUCUUCUGUGUUCACGGUGGUCUCUCACCGUCGCUACAGUCAAUGGAUGACAUCAAGGCGCUUCAGCGACCGACGGACGUUCCCGACUACGGCUUGCUCAACGAUCUGCUAUGGUCCGACCCAUCAGAUACGGCAGUGGAGUGGGAAGACAACGAACGAGGGGUCAGCUACUGUUUCGGAAAGGCCAUCAUCAACGACUUCCUGGUGCGGUACGAUAUGGAUCUGAUCUGUCGGGCGCACAUGGUAGUAGAGGACGGGUAUGAGUUCUGGAACGAUCGGACGUUGGUUACGGUGUUCAGCGCACCGAAUUACUGCGGAGAGUUCGACAAUUAUGGAGCGUGUAUGAGCGUUUCUGAGGAUCUCCUAUGUGCUUUCGAGUUGCUGAAGCCGCUCGACGGGCCUGCUCUCCGAAAGGAGAUGACCAAGGCCAAGCGGAAAAGCAUGAUGAAUGCUGCCUAGUAAACCGCGAAGACCACACCAUUCGACCGAGAGCGAGCUAUACGAAUAUAAUCGAACGCGGCGUGCUGAGAUCAGGAGACGCGAGUCAACGGUGUGGUUCAUACCGAGUUUGAGGGCGCGUGAGAGCACUACGCGGAACGAAAGGGGCUGUCCUCAGGGCCUGGUAGGUGGGGCGGAUAUUCUGAACGGAUCGGCAGAGCAACUGGCCGCUGGCCAGGUGGGUGCAACAUCGCUUUUUUUUCCCACUCAGAGGUCUUUCCGUCACUGUCGCGAUAUUUCGGCGGCGCAUACACUUUAGUCGUUCUUUUUCUGCCCCUAAUUAUUCUCCUGAUUUUUCUCUGCCAUUUCUGCUGUUUUUUCGCAACGAACGAUGAUGAUGACGAAGUUACCCUGUGUUCGACCCGUUUAGGCAUCCGCUUUUCCAAGACGACUGUGACCAUCCUUGUUUAUUUCUGGAUCCUUAUUUUUUACUGUCCAUACACACACACCUAUACGCAGCUACCAUGCACUUACCCAUUCUGCCCUCCAGCGGCGAGCUCACCGCAGCCCGUCCCGCUUUUCGCCCAUCUUGCCGUUACCUUGCGGUUCCCACACAGCCGCCGCGCUGCGUACAUUGGUUCCAACCCUUGUGAUCCAGUGAAGGUUCUUGCCGUUGCUACGUGUGAUCAACCGAUCUUGGGCGACUUUCCUUCCUUUCACCUUUUCCACUCCAUCUCCAAGUCAACUCGUUUUUGACUGUCGCCGUAUCAUCGUUAUUAUCGUACAUCUGUUUCUCCACUCACUUCUUCAACUUGUCCCUCACCCAUAUAUUCCUGUCCUUCGUUCCAUCCUGUCCAUCUCGAUCCUC